AUGAACUCCUCGUCUCUGACUCGACGGAAUGGGUCACCACUGCCAAAAGGGUCACCCUCAAUAUUGGAUGUAUUCGAAUACUUUCAAAAGAACUCUCCAAAGAAGUUAACUCUAAAACAAGUAAAGAAGGGCAGCAGUUCAGACUCGAGUUCCGGAAGCGAGGAAGAGGCUCCCCAAAAACCUAAAACUCUUCAAGUAAACGGCAAACCCCCAACAAAAGCCGCAGCAAAAAAAGAAUCCAGUUCAUCCGAAGAGUCCUCAGAGGAUGAAUCACCUCCAGUAAAGAAGAUACCUCUAAAACCCACACCUGCAAAGGCACCAGUUACGCCAGUUAAAAAGGCUGAGGAAUCUAGUUCCGACGACGAUUCUUCAGAAGAGGAAACUCCUAAGGUCCCCGCGAAGCCUGUCAAAAAGGAAGCUCUUCCUCAGAAGACAAAGCCACAAGCCAAGAAGGAUUCCAGUUCCGACGACAGCUCGUCCGAAGAUGAAGCUCCAAAGAAGCCAGUACAAACUCCAAAAGCCGUGGCUCAAAAUGCGAAGGCAGUCAAACCUGGAGUUCAAAGCGCGAAAACUGUUGCAAAGAAAGCCGAAUCUAGUUCAGACGAUUCAUCAUCUGAAGAAGAGACUCCGAGAGUUACAAAAAAAGCCUCGCCGAUGAAACAAGUUCCUGCAAAACCAACUCCGGCGAAAGUAGUUGCGAAAAAGGAGGAAUCUAGUUCGGACGACAGUUCAGAUGAAGAACCGUUAAAAGCUCCGAAAUCCGCGCCAGUUACUCCCAAGGUCCAGAAACCAGUCGCUAAGAAGGAAUCUUCAAGCGAUAGUGACGACAGCGAAGAUGAAAAACCGAAGAAAGUCGUUUCUCCAAAGAAAAGUCUCGGACCAGUGAAAAUCCCGGUGAAGGCCUCUUCUAGUGACUCUGAAGAAGAUUCUUCCGACGAUGACGCGAAACCAGUCAAGGCAGCUCCGGUUAAAACUCCGUUGAAACCGACGCUAGCGAAGAAAGCAGCAUCGAGUUCUGACGAUUCUUCUGAAGAUGAGGCUCCUCCUAAAGUUUCUGUAAAGACUCUAGUCAGAGCAACACCGGCAAAGAAAGCAGAAUCGAGCUCUGAUGACGACUCGUCGGAAGAUGAGGCGCCGAAAGUUGCUGUAAAGACUCCGGCGAAGGUGGUGAAACCUGAGGAGUCAUCGAGUGACGAUAGUAGUAGUGAGGAGGAAACUGAGACAGUGAAACCGGUGGCUAAGGCUGUGGCGAAAAAGAAGGAAUCUUCGUCGAGUGACGAUAGCAGCGACGAGGAAGAUGAACCGCCGAAGAAAGUAGCCAAGGCGGUGAAGACUCCGGAGGUGAAGAAGAAGAAGAAGAAAAAGAAGGAGGAAUCGUCGAGCGAUGAUUCUUCUGAAGAAGGCGAGAAGCCGAAGAUCAAGACGAAGGCGAAAGAAGUUGUUGAGAAUGAAAAUGGCGAGGACGAGGAAGAGACGCCGAAAAUGAAGAAAAAGGGUUUGAAGAGGAAACAUAAUGAUGAGGCGGAGGAUGAGGAUGAGGCAGGACCGCCCAAGACUCCGAAAAAUAAUUAUAGCAACUUUGUCAAGGCUGGACAAAAUAGUAGUGAAAAGAGAGAGUUACGAGUUUUUGCUACCAAUUACAAACUACCUUUUAAAGAAGCCAAAUCCAUCCUCAGAUCCGUUAAGGGAGCUGAUUACGCUUCCUCAACCCCUGAACAAGCUAACUCUUCUCCAGAGUUUAGCUUCUCAAUGUUCCCAGAACUAAAUGACGCCCCCACCCCCUCCUUUUCAGUCCCCCGUUUACAGCCUCAACAACCAUAUUACUCACAAACUUUGGCAAACCCUAAGACUCCACAAAUACCGAAACCCCCUACACAACCUAGAUGGAAAUUCGCAAAAGUUCAUCCAAAACCCAUGCAGGCCCCCACGGGUGGCCAUUCUCAUCAAUCUUCGCGAAGAGGAUCCAACGCCAACUCAUCGUACUCACAUCUCCACAACAAUGGUAGAAUCCCCAGAAGAAAAGAAAAAGGAAGUUUAACCCAUGCUUCAAUGACUUCAAGAGCUUUGUUAGGCAAUUUUAAGAUUUUUGGAACUGACCAGGAUGAAGUGAAUAAGGCGGUGUCAUCUGCAUAUAAUCCGAUUGAAACUUCAGGGACCUCAGGGAUGUCGUUUACAUAG